GUCCCCUCUGUGCCCGCCUGGCACGGGCUGGGCCCGGGGUUAUUUUUGGCCAAUGCCCGUCCCUGUCACGAGCCCGGUGACAUUCCCGGGAUCCUGAUCCGCUCUGGGGACGGGGACACGGAGAGGGGGCUGGCAGGUGACGUGCUGGGGGUCCCGCAGCCGCAGCCAUGGCGUCGCAGCUGGAAGGGGCCAUGGAGACCCUGAUCAAUGUCUUCCACCACUACUCGGGCAAGGAAGGGGACAAGUACAAGCUGAGCAAGAAGGAGCUCAAGGAGCUGCUGCAGAGCGAGCUGGGAUGUUUCCUGGAGACCCAGAAGGACGCGGGGGCCGUGGAGAAGAUCAUGCAGGACCUGGAUGAGAACGGCGAUGGAGAGGUGGAUUUCCAGGAGUUCGUGGUCCUGGUGGCCACCCUGACCGUGGCCUGCAACACUUUCUUCUGGGAGAACGCCUGACCCUCCCCUCUCCUGCCGCAGAUCCCAAAAUCCAGAGCGCCCCCAGAGCCCCCAGCUCAGCCCCUCUGCACCCCGGAAUCCCCAGGGGAUCCUGAUGGGAUCCAGCUGCACAAUAAAGGCACCAACCCAACCC